GGGACAGGACUGACUACCAAAAUGGGCAGAAUAAUCUUUUAUGAGGAAAAGAACUUCCAGGGUCGUUCCUAUGAGACCAGCAGCGACUGUGCAGAGCUCACCUCUUACCUGAGCCGCUGCAACUCCUGCAGGGUGGAGAGCGGCUGCUUCAUGGUCUACGAACGCUCCAACUUCAUGGGCCACCAGAUGCUGGUGAGGCGAGGAGAGUACCCUGACAACCAGCGGCUCAUGGGGAUGAGCAUGAGCGACUGCAUCCGCUCCUGCCGCAUGAUCCCCAUGCACAGAGGUCCAUUCAGGAUGAGGAUCUACGAGAGGGAGAACUUUAGUGGUCAGAUGAACGAGCUGAUGGACGACUGCGACUCCAUCCAGGAGCGUUACCGCAUGUCCGACUGCCAGUCCGUCCAUGUGAUGGACGGCCACUGGCUGCUGUAUGAGCAGCCCAGCUUCAGAGGCAGGAUGCUGUACCUGAGACCCGGAGAGUACCGGAGCAUGAGGGACAUGGGAACGGGCCCCAUGGACAUGCGGAUCGGCUCCAUUGGACGCAUCAUGGAAUCCUGUUAGACAGAACAGCUCAUGUUGAUGAAUUGACUCAAUUCAAAUUCAAGCCAUUUGAGUUUCUUGGGAUACUUUGGGUUCAAAAUCUGAGAUAAACCCACGAGAAAUGAGCUGCUUAUGUCAAUAAACAGUUGAUUCUGCACUGAGUCCUGAUUAUUGUACCAAGCAAACUACGUAACCUAAUUCACAAAACAUUAAAAAAUAUAUAAGUUAAAA